ACGGUAACUUGCAACAUUUAAAAAAAAAAAAAAAAUUACCCCACCAUUAUAAAUUCAACCCCUUUUCACCCCACUUUUUUACCAAAGUACUCCCACUUUUCUCUCAUUUUUAUGAAAAAAAAAAACCUCUCCCAACCUUUAAAAAAAUUAUGGAUCCCUACAACCCAAAUAAUCCCAACUCAAGUUCACACCCGUUUUCGUCAUCCGGCUACACACCCGUAAUGGACAACGCUUUUGCGGGUUACCAACAAAUGCCAAACGCUUUCAACCAAUACCCGUUCAACCCAAUGCAAAUGCAACAACCCAACAUGCCGUUCAACCCAUAUCAAAUGCAACAACCCAACAUGCCACAAGCACCUCAAACACAAAUCGAGGAACAAGAUGAUGAGAUAGAGGUUGUGCUAGAAACACAACCUGAACCUUCAAAAAAGAAAAAUAAAAAGGGAAAGGGUAAAAAGGAAGACGCACCGGGCAAACAAAUGCAACAAUGGACAAAAAUUGAGGAAGAGGCGUUGGCGAAAGCAUAUAUUAACUCUUCAACGUCUCCUAUAGUCGGUAACAAUCAACUAAGCGAUUCGUUUUGGCAAGAAGCCCUUGAUAUAUUCCACGGGCUUAUAGAACAAGGCGAGUACAGAACCAUUGAUUCUAUCAGCUCGAAGUGGCGCAAGAUGAAUACGUUGAUCAACCGCUUUUGUGGGUUUUAUAACACAACGCGCGCCAACAAACCGAGUGGGUGGAACCGCGAAAAUGUUUUCAAUGAAGCGGUGCGUUUAUACGAAAAUGAGAGCAAAGCUCCUUUCCCACAUGUCCGUGCUUGGCUAGUUGUAAAGGAUCACCCAAAAUGGAAGGGAUGUCAAAAUGAGGUUGCACAAGCGAAACGAGCAACGAAACGGUCUAAAACUUCCGAGUCAGGAAGUUAUAGCGUUGGAGGCUCAACCGGUCGUUGCCAAAUAAAUAUCAACGACGAGCCCGACUAUGAGGAGGAGCCGAUUGAAGAUGGAGAACGUCCCCCAGGAAGGGACAAAAGUAAAAAAAUAGCGGCUGAAAAAAGGAAACAAGCCGCAUCAGGAAGUGGUGGUGGUUCGAGGUUGGAAGGUGUUAUGGCGGAGUUAAAAUCAUUCAAGGAAAUCUUUAACGACAGGCAAACCGAGAAGGUAAAUAUUAAAAAAAAAACUAGCCGAGGAGAAGCUAAAAAAGCAACAAGAAGCGCAGGAGUUAGAGGAAUGGAAAAUAAUGACCACCGACCUUAGCUCUUAUCCACCGGAAGACCGUCUCAUUUUACAAAUGAUGAAGGACAAAAUUAGGAAAAAAUGGAGUGGGGGAGGGUAGUUUUAAUUUAAAUGUAACUUUAGGUUUUUUUUAAGUGUGUUUUUUUUUUUUUAAUUUAAAUGUAACUUUAGGUUUUUU